AUGGACCGAAUAUCCGGUCUGCCAAAAGUUAUACUUCAUGACAUCCUCGGAAGGUUACCAGACAAAGAUGCUGCUAAGACUAGUGUUUUGUCAAAGGCAUGGAGAGAAACAUGGUUUUCAUUUCCCAUAUUGUCUUAUUGCAGCCGCAAUUUUUUUAAUUUACAUGGCAAAUUAGACAUGUUCAUUCAGUAUGUCAGUCUACAAAAGCUGAAGGGCGCUGAUAUCCGAGGAAUACAAGAGGUAUAUAUUGAUGCUCCGAAUCUUGAGAACUUAUAUUAUCGUGCUCUUGAUAUGGAUACACCUUUUAAGAUGAAUUUGGAUAGUUGUACAAAUUUGAGAUGGUUGAGCUUGCAGAAUUUGAGGAGCCCAAACAAGUGGUUCCUUGAACAGUUUUAUUGGAUUCCUUUCCUUGAGAGUUUGAUGUUGCAUAAUUGCUCUAUGUUUGAGCAUGAAAGGAUUAAUAUUCCAAGUCCUGAACUGAAGUUCUUCAGUUUAUCACAUUGCUCUAACUUGAAGGAGGUCAACAUUGAUGCUCCAAAUUUAUUAUCCUGCGAGUAUGACGGGAAAGCUUGA